AGAAGGUGUUGUUAAAGAUGUUAGUCGAAUUUAUGUGAUUAGAAAAAUUGAAGAAAUAUUUAUAAAAGUUCUUAAUUGUUUUGAUAACAACCGAAUGCCAACUUUAAAAUACAGACAUGCGUGUUGGGACAAUUGUGUCUUUUUAAAUGGAAGGUAUCAAUUCAAGUCAAAAAUUAAAAAAUUUAAUAUCGUAAAUUUUGCCCAUAACUGUAGUAAGAAGAAAUUUUGUUUAAUGCUUUUCCUUUUUGAUAAAAUAAGAAAAUUAAUGAUUAUGAACACAAAGUUGACGAAAAGAGAAAUAUAUUACCAAAUUAAGUCAUAUGUACGAAACCAAAGUAUUAUUGACAACACAUUAAAAAAUAUCAGUAAUAUAUUGGAUGUCGGUUUAUGGGACUUAAACAUAUUAGCACAGAGAGGACUUGUAUACGGUAAUAUGCACCUUAAAUUAUCUUCAGGAGAAAUAAUUAAUUGCAAUGUUCCUGGUACUGCAAUACCAAUGGAUAUCAAUGAUAUCAUAAAAAUAAAGACUGCUGCAUAUUUUAUUCUAGUGGUAGAAAAAGAAAGUGUUUUUCAUAAACUUAUUGAAGAAGAUUUUCCUAAUACUUUAGCAAUACCUUUUGUUUUAAUCACGGGCAAAGGAUAUCCAAAUUAUAAUACUCAAUUAUUUCUUAAAAAACUUUACACAGUAAUGUCGGUUCCAGUAUUUAUUCUAGUAGAUCCAGAUCCAUAUGGAAUUCAUAUUAUGUUUACCUAUAGAUUUGGUUGCCGAACUUCUGCUCACAUAUCUGAAUAUUUAACCAUCACUAAUGCUAAAUGGCUUGGAGUGUUUCCCUCGGAAAUAAGUAAAAUGUCUAUGUCUGCGGAAGAACUGAAUAAAAAGGAUAAAAAUUUGAUACAAGAUUUACUGAAAUACCCUCACCUAUCAGAAUAUCCAAAGAUGAGGGAGGAAUUACAAAUUUUAUUGGAUCACAAUUAUAAGGCAGAAAUCGAAGGAUUUGUUAAUAAUUUUAAUUAUUUCAGUAGAAUUUAUUUAUUAGAAAAAUUUAUUGAGAAAGCUUUCAUUUAAACUUAGUUUUAAA